AUGGCCUUUCUCCUCUCUCCUCUCCGACUCGGCCUGGGCCUUGGAAUCGGCAUCUCCGCCGUAACUCUCCACCCGCUUUCCCCCUUCCGCACUGCCCCCCUUCAAUGCCAAUACAACGCGCCCUACAGCUCCGGGUCUCAGUCUGCUGAGAGUAGCUGGGCUGUCAAUUCCAACAAUGCCCAUUGGCAGAAAGAGGGUCGCUCGGGUAUUGCUGCUCAGGUCAAUGGGUUUAUGACUCCCGAAAACAUGAAACAGAUUAGCUUGGGAAGUGUUCUCGGUCUGGUCGCUGGUGUGGGGUUGAGGGCGUUCUCCCGGGUUUUGGUGGUGCUCAUUGGAAUGGGUAUUGUGCUUGUGGAGGUGAGAUUCUAUCGAUCUCGUGGCCCCUUAAAAGCUUGGAAAGAUUUUCUAUACUGA